UGCUUCUUCGUCUUGGUUCUUAAACCUUAAAACCCUCGCUCUGAGCUCGACGGUCGGUGUGUCAUUGACCGGCCAUGGCUGCUCGCUACGGCUCGCUGUCGAGAUCUCUGCUAUCACCCGUGAGAUCGUCCUGGUCGGGAUCCCGGUUCGGAUUUGGGUCCACCAGCUCAUCCUCCCGUCCCGUUGGCCGGAUAGAGCCGCCCUGCGUCCAAUGUAGCCGCUCUCUCUUCACAUCUACGAGGACUCUGGUGCAGUCGAUGGCUGCACCUGGUCGGACCUUCUUCAACAUUCCACAAGUGGGUCGUUCACUGUUGGGAGGUCUCGGCAGCCAUUUAUCGGCCUCAUUUAGUGCACCUCAAGGCUUGACGAAUGGGUAUAGCUUGUCUCAGCUGAGGUCAUUCAUUCAGAUGAGGACCGUCCUCAAAGUCGUGGACAACUCUGGGGCAAAGAAAGUUAUGUGCAUCCAAGCUCUAAAGGGAAAGAAAGGGGCAAGGCUGGGAGAAACGAUAGUCGUAUCAGUCAAGGAGGCCCUUCCGAAUGGGAAAGCUAAGAAGGGAAACGUGUAUCGUGCUGUAGUAGUCCGUGCCGCGAUGCAGCGGGGCCGCUGUGAUGGGAGCGAGGUCAAGUUUGACGAUAAUGCCUGCGUCCUGGUUGAUAAGCAGGGACAACCGAUCGGGACCCGAGUUUUCGGCCCUGUACCUCAUGAGCUGAGGAAGAAGAACCAUGUCAAGAUUUUAACACUAGCGCAGCAUAUUGCCUGAUCAGAUGCGGGAUCUCAGUUUUUGAUUUGCGAGAAUGAGAUCUUGGUGCUGUAGUUGUAGUUGUUUUCUCUGGUGUUAGAAGCACGCACGUCUUUGUGUGCUCUGAUUCCUGUGUACUUUCAAGCAUAAGUACCAUGGUUGUUCUCGAGUUCUGGUGAUUGUGCUGGCAAAAUGUUCCAUUGAUGAUCAAUUUCAUAAGUACAGUUUCUCAUGUUCUACAUAAGGUAGAAGACGGAGAGUUCAAUAACAAUUUCCUUCACAUUCA